AUGCCUCCGAAGAAAUCGUAUGAGUCGUAUGAGUCAGAGUCAGAAGCUGACUCUCAGUCUGGAAAAGGCGGCAAAACAAAACGUCAAAAGCUGGAGAAGAACAGUGAUGAAUAUAAGCGAAGAAGAGAGCGGAACAAUGUUGCUGUUCGCAAAAGUAGGGAGGCAAGUCGUCAAAAAGCCAAAGACACUAUUGAAAAAGUAGCUCGUCUGCGAGAGGAAAAUCAGGCCUUGGAACAGAAAGUGACUAUUCUGAAUAAAGAAUUGGGUGUUUUGAGAGAUUUGUUUCUAACACAUGCUACAGCAACAGCUACAGUCCAAGCUGGCAAUGUGGCUAACGUUUUAGUAAAAAAAGAAGAACAAGAAGAUGAAUCUUCAGAAAACACUGCAGACUCAGGAAAUGAGCCGUUGUUUUUUAUGAGCUAA